GUGUCAGGCAGUGACAUCAUGGGUAAACAGAUCCUGUAGCCGUGGCAGCGGCUGAGGCGGGCGGGCGAGGUACCGGCUGCCGCUGACCGGAGAGGGGAGCUGCCCGCCGCCGUCAGCCUGGGCCGCAGCGCGCCGGCGUACCGGGGGGGCAGCUACACUGUGUGCUCCUCCAGGGCAGGCACCAUGUUGCACUCAUCUUUGUACCCCCAGCAUCUAGCGGUGUUGGCAUGUCGUAGGCACUCAAGAAAUGUGUGUUGAAUGAGCGAUGCCUGUGACAAGCAACCGGACUUUAUUCUUUCCUGACCCUUGCUCCUAUGACACAUCUCCUCCUGGCUGCCACUAUCACCCUUCAGAGCAGAACUUCUCUAGGGAAGCCAGAAGGGAAACAGCUAUGGCCAAGGACAUCCUGGGCGAAGCAGGGCUGCACUUUGAUGAGCUGAACAAGUUGCGGGUGUUGGACCCAGAGGUUACCCAACAGACCAUAGAGCUCAAAGAAGAGUGCAAGGACUUUGUGGACAAAAUUGGCCAGUUUCAGAAAAUAGUUGGUGGUUUAAUUGAGCUUGUUGACCAACUUGCAAAAGAAGCAGAAAAUGAGAAGAUGAAGGCCAUUGGUGCUCGGAACUUGCUCAAAUCUAUAGCAAAGCAGAGAGAAGCCCAGCAGCAGCAACUCCAAGCACUAAUAGCAGAAAAGAAAAUGCAGCUUGAAAGGUAUCGGGUUGAAUAUGAAGCUUUGUGUAAAGUAGAAGCAGAACAAAAUGAAUUUAUUGACCAAUUUAUUUUUCAGAAAUGAAAAUUUCAUUUUAUAGCAGAAGGGCAAAAAAAAAAACCCCCAAACACCAAAAAACCUCUGUACCAUUCCAGUGACUUGACUAAUGACCCAAGUUGUUGUGAGACGGUGUGUAAGGAACACAGCAUCUCUGAAGGCAAGAAAACCAACCUGGGGGGACGUGUUUCAGAUAUUAGUGCGUACCUCCUGGCAAACACCCAGUGGCCAUGGUGGUCCAGGUUCUCACCUCUUGCAUUCUCAGUCUGAACUGAGCAGUCUGUAAACUUUGAUCCUUUUUUUGUAAAUUCACAAAGCUUUGGAAGGAAAAGCAAUAAAUUAUUGUUUUCAAA